AUGGCUCGCCCCGUGAAACCGACCCGCUGUUGUCGUAAGGUGGUCGACCGAGUUGUCCGCCUGGACAAUGCGUGGGUGCGUCCUGGAGAUACCAAUCAGCAAUGGUACGACUGGUCGCUCAGCGGGGCCGAAGGGGGGCCUCCCAGGUGCGGAAAGGAUGCAGCUUUCCGCACCACGAACUGCCCUGGUCCUGCAGCUUUGGAAUGGUCGUGGUUUUGA